AUGUCGGCACAGCAUACACGAGUUGCCCGCUCGUCGCUUGCCUGUCUUCCCUGCCGCUCCCGCCAUCUGAAGUGCGACGGCAAGCGACCAUUUUGCAGUCGAUGUACCUCAGCAGGGAAGCCAUGCCAGUAUGCCAAAUCUCGACGCGGCGGUCUUGAUCGUGCCGCUCUCGCAGCGCGUCGUGAAGCCCAAUUGGCACAGAAAGGCGGUGCUGCACCAACAUCCAGCCUUCCCCCUACCAAUACUAGUUCAGGCACGAUUCCAGUCCCAUGCGUCUUGGAGAGUCCUCCUCUCACCGUAGAUUUGGAAAGUCUUUCUUCCGAUGUAGUUCUCGAAGCCAACCAUGACGCGGAAGCAUUCGACAUCGACCAAGACUGGCUUGGUACCAGUACCCUCUCCCCAGCCGCAUUGCCUUCAUCUCCAAUUGACAUCAACGGGGACCUCCUUCUUGAGGUGUAUUACAAUCGCUUUCAUGCUUUCCAUCCUUGUGUUCUUCCAAAACGAGAUCUUGAAAGACUCUCCCACAAUCCAGAAAUACGUUCAAGGCUUGCACCGGUACUUGCCGUGCUACGCAUGAUUGGCGCUGUCUAUACCCGCUCCCCAGACCUCAAUCAAUUGCGGGAUCAUCUUCAUGACUGCCUUCUGAAAGCGAAGCCAAACGAUCCGUUCAUCGUUCAGGCGCGCCUGCUCUACUCGGUUCCUCUGUACUGGCAAGGGGACAAAGUAAGCGCGCAGCAACAAAUGGACUCUGCCAUUAGCAUUGCUCGCCAAUUGAGAAUGUUUCAAAAAGAAUUCGCGACGGAGAAUGGGCUCGGUGAACCUGUUCUGGAAGAAAGCUGGAGAAGGACAUGGUGGCAGCUGUACGUCGUAGAUGGCUUCUACGCCGGGACAACGAAAACAACGCCAUUCGAGACCAAGGACAUUGAGGCCACGGUAGAGUUACCUUGCCAGGAAAGCGAGUACGAGUCUGGUAUAAUUCCUCCGUCAAAGACCCUAGAAGAUUUUGACUCGAGGGAGUUUGCCUUUGAAAAACACGAUUACUCUUCGUUUGCCUAUCUCAUCGGCUCCGUGCGCUGCGCAGCACUUGCUUCCGAUGUUGUGACGAAAGGCCUUUCAGGCAACUCGGGCCCGGUUAUCGUUGACUCUGCCGACUCGAUCAUUGAAGGAUACCUGCUAUUGCUGCCAGAAGAACGCAAGCAGGUCAUAUCCAAAAGUGGAGAAAUGGACGAGCUCAUGUUUCAAGCCAUCAUGGCCAUCAACGCGGCUAUUAUCGGGCUUCACCGGCCGUUUUCAGAUCUACGUUUCAACCCGGUCGAAUCAGUAUCAAGUUGUUCGACGGACCCCCCAAGCAAUUCAUCAAGCUCCGAGUUAGUGAACAUCCACACGGUACGGAGUCUUCAAGCCAUCCAGUCGCAGGUCCGUCUCCUUGCCUUGCCUGUGCGGCCGUUUUGCCACACCCCCUUCGUUACUUGCAUGAUGUCCGUAGGGACAUUGGGCCUACUGUCCGCAUGCAAAUUUCUCUACAAAGGCCAAGAACUGGCAGUCGCGCGAGAUCGGAUCCGCAUGGCCAUUGGAUGUCUCAGAGCAAUUGGUGAUAUUUGGCCGCAGACAGCAAGGAAUCUGCAGGAAAUACAAACAAUAGCUCGGGAUGUCUUAGGGAUAGGUCCGAAGACAAUACCGGGAGUGCAGCAUCCCGGAAAGGAGAAGUCUCCGAGUAUCAAUGAGGGAAUGCCAGAUCCGACCAAACCACUCGCUGAUCUCACAAGCGGGUUCACUCCCUGGGACACGUUGGAAGAAUUAGAACCAGACAUGUGUUUGUGGUUCAAUUUGGGUAUGACCGACAGAUAG